UUCUAGACCCUUUAACUCGCCCACACGCCUAUUAUAAAUACCAAGACUUCCUUGCUUCUCUUCCUCGUUAAACAUUUGCCUUUCAUUAGUUUCAUAUCAUUUACGUUACUAAAAGUUGACCUCUAAAAAACCCCCAACAACAACAUUUUUGUGUUCUUACUUCUGUUUUUUACGUAACUAUGGCAAUGAAGAGAAUGAGAGAAGAUGGUGGGAUAGAGAGCUUAGACAUGGCUAAUUGUCUAAUGCUACUCUCUCAUAGCCUAGAGACCAAGCCCAGGAAAGCCUCACUGGUUGAUGUGUUUGAGUGCAAGACUUGUAAUCGCCAAUUCCCAUCAUUUCAAGCUCUUGGUGGCCACAGAGCGAGCCACAAGAGACCAAAAUUGAUGGGGGAAGAACUGAAAGGGCGUACAAAGUCUCAGACCCUGGGAAAUAAGCCUAAGAUGCAUGAGUGCUCAAUAUGUGGGCUUGAGUUUGCUAUGGGGCAAGCUUUGGGUGGUCACAUGAGGAGGCAUAGAGCAAUGAUGGAUGGUUCAUUUUCUUCCGCUGCCAUAGAAAAGAAAGUGCCGGUGCUGAAAAGAUCAAAUAGUACGAGGGUUAUGUGCUUGGACUUGAACUUGACACCUUUGGAGAAUGAUUUGAAGUUACUAUUUGGGAAGAAGGCUCCUCAAAUUGACUUUACUUUGAUGAUUUGAUUUGAUACCACAAUUGUAGUGGGUGCUAACAAUUUUUCAUUUCAGAUUCAUUGAUUUUUUU